GAAAUAUUUUAAUUCCGUUUAGAGAGAUAUGUAAUUCAAUAUAUCUGAAAAUGAAUAACCGAAUCAAUCUAGAUUCUUAUAAAAAAUAAAAAAUUAACUUUAUAAUAUUUUUUUAUUUUAUACAUAUAAAUUACGGAAUGACUCAAGAUACAUUGAUAAAUGGAAGUGAACUUUUAAUUAAAUUGUUAUGAUUUAAUUCUUUUGAAAAUUUAUAUAUAAGCAUGAGAUUAUAAAUUUUAAAUUGAUCAAUACUUUAAUUUUUAUAUUCAAUUCUCAAUACAAAAUAUAUCAAAUCAUAUAUAAUUCUAUCAAAUUUACAAAUCUAAGACAAAAUAACUAAACUAAAUGCAUUAACAAAAAUAAUCAAAUUUAUAAAAAUAAUAAUAUUAUGGUUGAAUUCAGAAAAAUAUAUAUAAUCUAACAUACCUUAAUAAUAACCAAACCGACCAGAUACUUUAUAUGCAAAGCACAUGCCUAAAUAAAAUAACAUAAUAUUGUUUAAAUUAAUCAUUGUAGUGUGGUUACUUUAUAAAUUGAAAAUUAGCUGGUAUAUUAUAUGAAUCUAAUAUUAUUUAUAAGAUAAAAUAUAAAUAUCAUAAUAAGCUAAACAAAAGAGUGACUUAUUUAAAUAUUAAUAAUAGAUAUAUAGUUUUAGUAGUGUUGGUGCUCAUCUUCACUACUUCAGUUGUGUUGCAAGAGCUUCAAAGCAAAGAAAAGACAAUUUUCUUAUAACACAAAUGGUAUUGUUGAAUCUCUGAGUUUUAACAAACCAUCUAAAAUAAUUCCCACUAAACAUGUUUAGCCAAACAAAAUCAACCUUAAAUGUUAAUGUACUAAUAUUCUCUGGUUAUGUGUGGUGGCUUGUUAUCUUUCUCUUGUUUUUGUAGUCGUUUCUUUUCGGUUUAGACAAAAUUUUGUCUAACUGAACUUCCACACAUUCUUAACCUUUGAGCUCUAUAUUACUUCUAAGUAUACACACAGAUAAAAAAAACUAGCUUCUUUGUUGUGUUCUUUUAUAUGGACUGUUAUACCAAUGUAUCUAUAUAUAUAUGUAUCUUCAUUUUUCCAACAUAAAAUAUUUCCUUAAUUGUACCUGAAUUCAAAAUUAAUAAUUGAAUGGACUUAGUUUCAUUGAUACCAAACCAGAUUCAGUUUGGUUAACAGUUUGUCUUGAAACCAAAUUUGGAUGCGGCAAAUGUGACAUUGCAUUGCUUUGGCGAUGUCACUGAGGAAAAUCUCCUGGGUCUCUUGUAACUUCUGUUGUUUCUCCAACAUCAUCUGUAGGUACCACCCUGUUUUCAAUCUGUAUUUGCAAGGAGCUUUGGAUAUGGGGCAUAUAAACAAAACAACAUCAAAUAUAAUAGGACUUAUGCUCUUUUUUGUUAGAAACCAGACAAAGGUUAUUUUUAGCAGCCAUGCAUGUGAUAUAAUUACCUCGAUCAGCUCAAAGAAACGUUUCUAAGCUUCCACUUGUGACAUUGGAGCUUAUGUGAUCUCGAAGCUCCUUGUAAAGAAAGAGUGACAAAAUUAAAGAUGUAAGUAAUAUUAUAAUAAUUAAAUUCUGAACAAAUACGAAAGAAUGUCAAGAGAUUUGAUAUCUUUGAUAGGAAUUUAAGUUUUAAUGUCAAGAGAUUUGAUAUCUUUGAUAGAUGUCAUCUUUAUUUUCUUUCAUCAGUCAACUUGCUCGAGUGUUUGGUUGGAAAUGUCUAGGUGGAGGUCCAUAUCCAUCCAAGUCAAUGAUCUUGAAAACUGAGAAGACAUAAAAUGGUUAGAACUUGUAAGCUAUGACAACAUAAUUAAAAUGGCCAAUGCUAAAAUCAGAAACUUUAUAACCCAUCGUGUAGCCUCUUAACUUAUUUUGGAGGAUAGGUUCAAAACCCGAAAUCAUAUUUUGUCACCACAAUCUAACACAAAAUUUGAAACUUAACUGAAAUUUGAUCAUAUGAAACAGUAGAAAACAUACCAAAAGAAGUUGGAUCGAAAUGUUUUUUUUUCUACUUCUCGGGCUGUCAUCAUCACGGAGGAGUAGAUUCUUCAUCUCCUCCUUUUUUUAAGAUGGUCCUCCUCGUCCUUCUUUGAGCCCCUCAUUUUCAAUUAGAAAGAGAAAACAGUAACAGAAGACUUGCCGGUGGAGAGGGGAGAGUAUCCAGUGGAUUUCAUGCCGGUAAAUGUAACUGUUUCUGCAGAGUUUCAAUUAGGGCUGGGAUGAUGAUGAGAUGGAGCCCUUUAUAUAGAAGGAGAGAAAGGGGAAGGUGGAACAAAACCAUUAAAGCAAGAUUAAAGAACAUAAUAUACUAAUGAAGAGGGAUAACUGUAACGACGAAGUUUUUGGUGCUGAGAAAUUGAUCAGUAAUGAGGAAGAAGAAUAGUCGGGGAAGAGUCACACUUCAAAAAUGGCGAGAUGGGUUGGACUCGAGUAGUUUAAUAAAUGUAAACACAGCCCAAAUGAAAACACAGAUUCAUGGCCCAAGAAUCCUUGAUGACAUGGACAAAUGAUUGACUAGGAAUAUUUCAUCAUGGAUAGUCUAUGAAGGCUUAAAAAUAGUUCGUUUUAUAUAUCAGAAAUUGGUCAAUAUAUCAGGACGAGGAUCACACUUCAGCUAAUUUUUGACCGUAUAUUAAACUAAAAUUAACUGACAGAAAUCUAUCUCCUUUUCUUUACCUUUAUUCAUCUUUCUAGGCACCUUCCUUUCCGCUGCACUGUCAUAGAUCCAGAGAGAUGUUGCUAGAGCCCCAGUAGAUUCUUCAGAUAAGUCUUCAUUGUCUAUGGUGGUGUUCAGGUCGCUCAGCUAUUCAAGAUCCGCCACCAGUGCUGUCGUCUUGUCUGAGUCUUCGUUGCCGACUUCAGCGGAUGAGGAUUCAUCUUUAGUGAAAAAAUCAUUCUAUUGUUAUGAGCUAGCCAGCUAAUGUGGUCGAUGAGGGUGAGAGUGGAUUUUGUAUCUUGCAUAAGCACUCGAGUAUUGCAGCAACAAAGGCCGUGCCUUGUACUCUUGUUUGACCAGUGACCCUUGUAUGGAGAAUUCCACAUAAGCCUCCAUCAAUAAUUCGGCUGCUCUUGGUUCUUCAGACGAUGGUACGUUUCAUUAACAGUUAUACAUUUGUUGUGAAUUAGAGGAUUCAGUAACCUGAUGUUCACAUUGUUAAACAUCAUGCGAUAUGUAUGUGUGUAUGUUUCACAUGCCCUUAAUUUUGGUGGAGACUGGGAACCCCUUGCAGAUCGUGAACCAAGUCAAUUACUCGUUAUAGCACGCUGGCCCUUCCCAUGGACUGUCCGUGUACUGAUUUUGGCCCUUCCCAUGGACUGUCUGUGGACUGUUCAUGUACUGAACUCAAAUCAGUACACGGACAGUCCAUGGGAAGGACAAGCGUGCUGAUAUGAGUUCAGUACAUGAAUAGUCCACAGACAAACUCUCUGGACUAAACAAAGGAAGGAGACAGGUUGGUGUGGCUAUGCUCGGGUUCAAAGCAAAGGAAUGAGUCACUUAGGAGCAGAUAUAUCUAGAUAACAUCUAAGGCACUGGCGUUUUUGCAGGAUCCUUAACAGAAAUAAUAUUUUUUUUCUUUUUUCAAAUUUAAUAUUUGUGUGUAUGCUUAAUGAUCAAAAGUAUGUUUGUCGAAUUGUAUUACAAUUGUAAAUAAUUUUAUUUAUUCUUUAUAUUUAUUUUUUUCACUGGUUAUCUUUUUGAAAUUUAUAAAUUGUAUUAGCUAUUGGCUUCUUUAUAUAUUUAUUUUUUUCACUGGUUAUCUUUUUGAAAUUUACAAAUUGUAUUAGCUAUUGGCUGUGUUAGCUACAAAUAAUGUUAGGGGUCGACGAGCUAUUUCUCCACAAGAACUAUCAUAUAGCACCAAAUGUAUCCCAAACUAUUGUCACAUUCUAUAUAUGGCCGAAUUAAAAGUUUAAGAUCUAUUUAUCCAUGAAUUUUAUUUUUUUUGGUUUAUCAUCAAUUCCUGGUUUAUGAGCUAAACCAUACCAAAAAUUAACCAUUUUUACAAAAUUAACCAUACGUGAACAUGACCUGGUUUUACAAAACUUUUAAUAAUUUUAUUAUACAAAAAAUUAUUAAAAAACAGAUAUACCCCCUCGACAUCUUCUUCUCUUCUUCUUCCUCCAUUAAAGCUUUGUUUCUUUUUCUUUAUCAAUGGCUGCUAUUAACACAUACGGUCAUCUGAUUAUCACUCUUGUCUUACUCUAAUCUCUUUGAUCGAAGACAAACAAAUUUCGAUAAGCUAGGAAAUUUACCUAAUGGGUACAUUAUUAGUAAUAAAAAAAAAAUUUAGGUAGACAGUAGGGAUUGAACCUUGGUUGAUGAGGGUGCACUACAUCACUUUUCCACUGGAACCAACAAAUUUUCAACAAUUUCUUUAACAAAAUUUAUGUUAUAUAGAAAUGUUAUGGGUGCACAGGCCCCCAUAUACUAUAGCCUGGCUUCGCCCCUUAUGAUAAGAGACGCGACGGCUUGCUUCUAUUGACAAGCUUUUUCUUUCUACUGCUGUGUUCUUCCGAGGCGAGAGAGAGAGACUGAGUGGAAAAGCUUCUCCAAAAGUAUUACACUAGCUGUUAAAUCAGUCGCUCUCUUAUUAGCUAUUUGUUUGUAUCUCUGCACUAUUUAGAGACUGAAAACAGAGUCAAAAUCAAUUCUCUGAGAAAUUAGGAUUCUUUUUUCUUUGCUAUGAUAAGUUCUUGGUGUCGAGAACACUUCAUAUUUUAAGUUCAUAAAAGGGAUUUGAUUUACUUGUCAGAACAGUUUUCUGGAGAUUGUAAUUAUAUAUUCAAGCUUGUUGCUAUGUUCUAGCGGCUGAAGGAUUGAAAUUAUUGGACAUUGAAGAAGAAGAAGUUUGUCUGGUCUUGAUUUGGGUUAUGAAUUUUUGGUUUAUGAAACAAAAUCAAAUUUAACCAGAUCAUUUAUUGGUCUAAAGCCGGAUUAACAAAGAUAUCGGUUUAAUUUAGGUGUAGUAAACCGCUGUAAUCAAUUUUUGUGGACUUAUAGGUUUCAAACUUUAUUUUUAUGGAGAAAUAACUACUUAACUAUCUUUAUAUGGAUAAAUAGAUCUUCAACUUUUAAUUCGGGAAUAUAUAGAAUGUGGUAAUAGUUUAGAAGACAUUUGGUGCUAUAGUUCUCGUGGAGAAUAGUUCGUCGACCCAAUGUUAGGAGACUAUUGCUAAAGUUUUGGUUUCUAUAGCCACGUAGCUAUAGAAAGAGGUUGCUAAUGUUGUCGUUAAUGAGUAAGAGACUAAUUUAUAGCUGAGUUGUCGCUAAUCCAUAGCUAAUGAGUUAUAAAUUGGCUACGGAUCACAAAUAGCAUCGAACUGACACCAUCUGUAGCCUUUCGAAAUUUAGCAACGGAUGAUGUCAAUUAGCUAUAGAAUAAUCCUUAGCUAUUUUAGUCAAGGGUAGAAGGGUAGUGUUGAUGAUGGUUUGGUCGACUUCUUUGAAGAUCAAGUGCGGUGGAACUUGUUGGGUAUGAGCCUAGCCCUCCCAAAAGGUCCGUAAGACAAUUACCCAGACACAUUAUUACAACAAAGAAGAUCGGCUCGUCGACUUGAAAGCCGGUGUUCGGCUCGGCUCCAGACUACUUUUAGUCGAUGAGAUGAUUGACUGAACAUCAUCGGCUCACCGACCUGACACAACGGCCCGAUGAGUCGGCCCAAUUACUCGAGGAGGCCCAUCGAGACAAGACACAUUAGGUCAACGAGCGUUCACCUAUAAAAGGAGGAGACAAGGCAACAAGGAGGGGAUCCGCAAAUUACUACACUCACUUUCGGCUAGAAUUAGGGUUUUACAUCUUACAUCUCGCCGACUUGUACGGUCCGACGAAUUUGUCUUCGCCGGACUUUUUCCUCUGUUCUCUUCCCCUUUUGUAACUCGGUUUCGACUCACUGAUCUAAUAAAACACGUCUUUGUCUUGACCCACCGACGAGAACUCGUCUCUUCUCUUUACUAGUUUAUUGACAGUCUCAGUUUAAACAGUUGGCGCCCACCGUGGGGCAGAUAGAGUAGCGUCAGCAAAAGAUCAUGACUCGACCCGACUCGCCGUCCGACGACGAGUCGCCUGUGACCGAAGGCGCUCCAACAGCAGUGGCCUUUGCAGAAACCAUACUCGAGAGGAUGGCGCAGCAAGACGCCGCCCAAAAGGCGACGACCGAGCAACUCGCCGCCAUCGCCGCCAUUCUAGCUCCGCUGGCCGGAGGCUCAUGAGAUCCGGCUACGACGGUCCGAAAACAACUGUUCGACACUUACCGAACAGCCAGUGCCGGAAACCCCGCAAACACGAGUGCCGUACAGAUCCAAACUCCCGGCGGCGUCAACCUCGUUACCGUCCGGGAACUCACUGAGCUUAAGCAAUCAGUCCUGGACAUGAAAGACCGGAUGCUCGAAGGACCUACUUCAGCGCCGCUGAUCGAACGUGUCCUCGCCGAAACCCUAAAAACCCCAUUUUCCCGGAAGAUCACCGACGUACGUUCCCGGCCGACCGAGAAAAUUCGCCUUCCGACUUACGCAGGAAAGGCGGACCCAACCGACCACAUCACUGCUUUCAACAUCACGAUGGGUCGAACCAACUUCUCUGAGGAAGAAAGAGACGCUGGCUACUGUCGUCUCUUCGUGGAAAGUCUUCAAGGACCAGCUCUCGGAUGGUUCACUGGAUUGGAGUGCGACUCUAUCAACGAUUUCCACGAUCUGACGACUGCGUUCCUCAAGCACUACAUCAUGUUUACAAAACAAGGAGCAACUCUGUCCGAUUUAUGGAAUCUAUCUCAAGGAUCGAGCCAAAGCCUCCGCGACUUCAUGGAAAAAUUCAAAGCAGUCGCUUCGAAAGUCCAAGUCCCCGACAGCGUUGCCGUCGACGCACUAAUGAACACUUUCUAUUUCAAGUCCUUGUUUCGCGAGGAUCUUUACAGAAAUCCAACCACUUCGCUCCAGGACGCAAUCGCCAGGUCAAACAACUUCAUCCGAAUGGAAGAAGACACAGCGGCGAUACUUAAGAAACUGAACACGGCAACCAAACCGGCAACUGUCCCCAAAGUUCCUGAGGCACGCCAGGAACCUCGUCAGCACGCCUCGGGCAGUAAACCUAACCAGCCGAAAAGUUUCGUCUACGUGGUUGAAGAUAAAAACGCGUCCCCACAGCCCACUGUCGUUGUACGCGAAAAAGGUUGGAAUGUCUGGGAAAACGACCUAAAUGCGCAAACCUCUUCGACACCUCCGGCGUCAAGUCCUGGACCAGCUGAGCCAAACAUGUGGUGUAGCUUCCACAAGUCUAAGGCACAUAAUACAAGGAACUGCAGGCAUUUGUUAGACACCCUCUUCUCGUCGUACGAAAAGGGAACGUCAAACGUCGAACUCCCUAAGCCUAGGCCGAACGGCACCAAGAGCUGGAGCGAAAAGAAAACUCACAAGAAUCAGGAUAAGUGUGGAAACCGGCCAAAGCAUACUGAGGAUGACAAGCCAGAAGAGCAUGAAGAAGAAGACGGCGAUGCACAAGUUGACGAGGAGCAACCGCGUAAUCGUCGACGUGUACAAGUCAUCCUCGCACGACCCAGUUCCUCCUCAGAUGAAGAAGAGGAUAAACAGGUCCAUGACUCACGCGAGUAUUCCAGCAAACGAACAAACGAGAGCAUAGGAUCAGAAGGGUCAAACGACUUAAGAAACAAGCUCAGGCGAAAGUCGCAGACAUCUGAUCGUGCAUACGACUCACACGGAGAUCUCCGCUCAAUCAUCGAAAAAUCCAAGGCUAGGAAAAUCGAGGACUCGAGUGCUCGAUCCCGUCUCAGGCCACGAGUCAUCGAUCUUCGUGAGAAGCUCAACUCAAAGUUGGAAGACCUCAGAAUCAAGCUCAACCGACCAAAACAUUCAAACUUACGACGAAGAAUCGAGGUGGCGAGGUCCAAGAAUGAGGACGGACACAAAUCUGUUGUCGAGGACUCACCCGUUGUCGAGGACUCGCCCAACGUCAAAAAUUCACCUAUCAUCGAAGACUCGCCUAGCGACUUGAGGACUCGACUGAGAAAUAAACGAGUCGUCGAGUCUAACUUCUUAAACGUAAUCAUGGGUGGCUCACCUCCUUGCGGUGAUUCCGUCCGGUCUGUAAAGGACCAUCGACGACAGGCAGUAACCUCGAAGAAAUGGCCAUCGAAACCCGAGAACGAUUCCUCAAUCACUUUCUCGCCAGACGAUGCCAUCGGUGUACAUUUACCUCACAACGACCCACUGCUAGUCGAGGUAGGAAUUGCGAAGUGUGACGUCGCUAAAGUGUUGAUUGACACAGGCAGUUCAGUCGAUUUAAUCUUUCGAGAUACGCUCGAUAAGAUGGGAGUCGACCUGCGCGACAUGAAACCAUCAUCUCGCUCCCUUACAGGAUUCAACGGUGCUUCUGAGACAAUGAUUGGUACAAUCAAACUCCCCGUCUAUCCCUGCGGAGUGAUACGCACGGUCAAAUUCUCAGUCAUCCGAACGAAAGCUCCUUACAACGCGAUCCUCGGAACCCCCUGGUUACAUUCUGUUAAGGCAGUGUCUUCGACAUAUCAUCAGUGCGUGAAGUUUCCAGGACCAAACGGUGAAGUGCAGACGCUUCGCAGAGACCAGCAGGCCGCUCGCGAACUACUCAUCGCAACGGUGAAAAUGCAACAAUAA